AUGGCGCCAGCUGCAGCCCACACGAGCUUACCGUUCGUCGACGUCGUCUCGUACCCACCUCCAGCGCGUCUCUCGCUCCCGACGACUUCUGCGCCUUCAUUCCGCUCGAGCGCUCCUUCUCAUGCUCGCUCAAGCGCGACAGGCGAAGAGCUGAAGGACAAAGAGGGACGACCGCUUGUGGAUUUUCGUAUGAUUACUGAGGGGUCACAGCAGGGCUUGCGGAGGCAGCUGAGAGCGCGCCAUAUCGCACUCAUUUCCAUUGGCGGCGUGAUUGGCACCGGCCUUUUCCUGGGGACUGCGCAGAGUCUCGCCAUUGGCGGUCCUCUUUCGCUCCUUCUCUCGUACAUCGUCAUGGGCGUCCUGGUAUGGGCGAUGAUGACAGCUCUGUACGCUCUCUCGUCCCACCCCGCCUUCGGCCUGGCGUGCGGCUGGGCAUACUGCGCGAAUUGGCUGCUAGUCAUGCCUGCUGAGCUAUCUGCCGCAGCAACGUUGAUCGGCUUCUGGAGUAACGCGAAUCCGGCAGGAUGGAUCGCAAUCUGCUACGUCCUCGUUGUAUUGAUCAACCUGGGCGGAACGAGAGUGUACGGAGAACUCGAGUUCUGGUUCGCGUCGAUCAAAAUCGUCACCAUCGUCGGCCUCCUCAUCCUCUCUAUCGUCAUUACCGCAGGGGGAGUACCCGGGACGGAGCCGAUCGGGUUCGCCUACUACCGCGACCCUGGGCCGUUCCAGCAGUUCCUCGGCAUCUCCGGUCCAGUCGGACGCUUUGCAGGGUUCAUUGCGGUCCUGACACGGGCAGCGUACGCUUACAUGGGCUCGGAGAUUGUCAGUAUAGCCGCAGGAGAGGCUCGCAACCCGUCAAGGUCGCUCCCGCAGGCCAUCCGCCGAAUCAUCUUCCGCAUCGGGCUUUUCUACGUCGCAGGAGCGUUCGCCAUCGGUCUCAUCGUCGCGGCGAACGACCCCGCCCUCUCACGGCACGACGGCACAGCGCUGAGUUCGCCUUUCGUCGUCCUGCCGAGCAUCAUCAACGCUGCCCUCUUGACUUCUGCGACAUCCGCCGCUUCAUCUGGGCUCUACACUGCGUCGCGGUGUCUCUACGGUCUUUCGGUCAACUCGCUUCUCCCGCCUGCCUUCGCCCGCCUGAACAGCUACGGCCUUCCCUGGGUCUCCGUCUUGACCGCCUCCGCCUUCGGCUUGUUGAGCUUCAUGAGCGCCGGAUCGCGUCACGCCGCUGUCGUUUUCUCCUGGCUCAGCAACUUCUGCUCGGUCGGCGGCAUCGUCACUUGGGCCGCGAUCUGCUAUUGCUACAUCCGAUGGUACCACGCCGCCAAGGCGCAAGACAUCCCUCGCAACUUCUUCCCUUACCAGGCGCCCUUCCAGCCGUACUCGGCAUACAUUGCGCUCGCCGGCUUCCUGCUCGUCCUACUCAUCCAAGGCUUCUACCUCUGCAUUGACGGUCAAUGGAACGCCUCCGACUUUGUCACUCGCUACCUCAUGAUCCUCCUCUUCCCGCUCACUUACCUUGGCGGCCGACUAUGGCUCCGCUGCGAGACGCUCUCGCUCCUCGAAAUUGAUUUCUUCUCCGGUUCUCGCGAUAACGACGAGACGCCCGUCGAGAAGCCGCGGACGCCCUUGAAGCGCUUCCUCAAGGCGCUCGUCUAG